CCGGUCCUUCCAUUCGGAGGAAGGGGGGGCCCAGUAGGGGGAGCGAGCCAUGAAGCAGCCGCUGUGACACUCCGGGCUGGGACAAGCAGGCAGCAGCCGGCCGGCAGCACCCGCACAGGGGAACCCGCCUGCUGCACUGGAGCGAGGAGUCUCGACCCGGAGGCUGAGGCGCUCAUGGCGGUGGCAUUCGGAGCCGUCAUUCCACCUGGAUUUCUUUCCCAGUCGUACCCGCCCCCCCUGCUGCCCAAACCUGGCAAAGACAAUGUCCGCCUGCAGAAGCUCGUGAAAAGGAGUGCCAAAAAGAAGGUUUCCCCCCAGGCGUUGCAGUCCAUUGCGCUGUUCCGCUCCAACCUCUCGCCCGUUGACGAGGCCGACCUCGAGCACAGUGACCACUCCACCCCGCCAAAGACUCCGGAGUACGGCUUCCGCGGGGUCCAACAGGCCACCCGCUUCACCAGCAGGGCGCUUUAUCAGCAUGUAGCGUCUCCGUACCCGCAGCGUGCGGCAUACGGUCGAGCAGGCAGGUUCUCUCCUCAGCCACUCGCCUUCCCGUCAUACCAUCAACAUGGCACCGCACCGUCCUUGUACUCCAGAGAGUCGCAAGCGCCGGUGCUGUCAUCUAAGCCAGAAGCCCCCAUAGUCUCUCAGCCAAUGUCUUCUAUGCCACAGCCUAGGGCACCUCCCCCUGAGAUAAAAACACCAGCUUUUAGUGUAUUCAGUGAAGAUCAUGCAAGUCUUAGACCCAACGUGGCCCCACCUGUCAAACCAAAGCCCAUGAGCCCAAAUCCGACUUUCCACCCAGCACCGGCUCAAGCACUGAUUCGACCUCUCACUGUGUUGACUCCAUUCGUCAAGCCAAAAAGUCCUCGUCCAACAUUCAAAGCCACUGAACCCUCAAGAUCGCCCAAACCGAUGUUUGACGUCCCCCAAAUUCGCUUGUAUACGGCGAGCACAUCCUACUAUGACACGUCCAGAACCCCUCCAGUCUACGACACUGCUGCCCUGACUGCGAUUGGCAGCACCAUUACUGAAAGUCAACAAGAGCCAACAUAUGAGGCCAGGAGAAGGACCCAGGAGACCCAACAAACUUCUGUUUCAAUCUCAGAACCACGAGGAAAAACUCCAACUUCAGAGCUGAGACAAGAAACAGGUAAAGUGCAGACAAAGGCAGUGACCCAACAAACUUCCAUUUCCGUCUCUGAACCACGAGGAAAAACUCCAACUUCAGAGCUGAAAAGAGAAACAGCUAAAGUGCAGACAAACGCUGUUGUAGCUCCAUCUAUUGAGAUCAGGACAGCCACACCAACAUCCGAAAUGAGGGUCAAAACACCAACUCACGAAUUGCAGUCGUCAAGGAUCCUUGCGGGGCGCCCGAGAACCCCGGUUAGCAGGGCUGCAACCCCUGCCUUUGAGGUCUCCAGAACUAAUCCUCUCCUGUUUGCAGUGUCACCAGUUGUCAUGGAGCCAGAGAGAACAUCAAUUACUAAAAGUUCACCUGCUGUCCAGAGGAUGCCAGAGACAAUCCUUAACGGGGACGUUCAGAAAGAAUCUUCAGCUAAAAGGCCUCAACAGAUGAUUACAAAAUCAAAAUCUGAACCAGACCUGACAAGAUGGGCCGCUCAGGUUGACCCUCAAAGACCAAAGACCCCAACAGCUGAGCUAAAACCCGCUGUGACAUCUUUUGGCUAUCAGAGGCCUAAAACUCCAACCUAUGAAGGCAACCGGCUUCUCUGCUCGUCCCCUGCUUUCAAAAGACCAAGAACUCCUACAUACGGAACAUACACUCCUGGAGGUUCAGCUGCAGCCUUCCAGAGGUCUAAAACACCAACUCCAGUGGCUCCCAAAACAAAGUCUAGCUAUCGUGGGCUGACACCUGCUGAAUACGCUGCUUACGGGGGAAUCAAAACGUACAGUCCAGCAUUUGGUAUCACCGUUUCUCAAGCAGAAACGCGGGAGGAGCUUACAGAAAGCAGAAAAAGUAAAACCACACGUGACUUGCGAGUGGAAGAAGAGACCGCCAAGGCUGACAUUAAGGUGAGAGAAAAUAAUGCUUCUGCCAUCCCAACAAUGCCCGUCAUUGUUGUUUCCCAAACACCUUCAGUUGAAACAUCCAAGCAGGAGGAACCAAUUGUUCCAGAGAAACAAGAACCGAUGGAGUUUCAGGAGACGCCAAAGGCCAAACCUCUGCUCUCUGAGCAGAUAGCUCCUAUCCAGCAGAAUGAGGUCAUGUCAAAACCAUAUCCUCCUGACAAGGAUCCUCUUGAGGCCGUCAGGAAACUUCUGGGAAAAGACAAACUUCUGGCCUCCAAGCCUCAAGAACAGGCAAAAGGUGAAGUGACAGUGAAAUCUGGAGACACCACCAAAGCUGAGGUGGUCAAGGUGAGUGUUGCAACCCCUGUUGCGGCCACAAAAAAUAAACAUCAGGACAAGGAAAAGGCAUCAUCUGUAGAAAUUAAUGUUGAGAAGAAGAGUGAUGAAGCACUUAAAAGCUUCAAGAAGCCAGUGGCACUGAAAUCCAAAAUGAGCGGUUGGUCCAGACUUAAGAAGCACAUGGUGGUGGAGCAGGAAGAGCCUUCAUUUCCACAACCUGGGUCUCAGAAGGAGACCACUGGCCAGGACCAGAACCAAGAGGGCAGCGCUGCCGGCCCUGGCCAAGGGAGCACUCCCAAAGCCACCAAGUUGUGGGACGCCGUCCUCUUCCAGAUGUUCUCCAGCAAGGAGAACAUCAUGCAUCAGAUCGAGCUGAACAAGCGGGACGUACAGAAGACGGAGGAGAAGACAGACGAGGCUAAGGAAAUCCCCUCAUUUGCGUACAAGUUGCCCAUUUUGCUCUUUAGCCCCAAAUUUGACGCCAAAAAGCUGAGGGAGGCGGCGUCCCGGCCGCUCACCAAAAUCUCCACCGUCUUUGAGAUGGGUCUGAUUGGACGCAAGGUCAAAGAUGAGGACCCAAAAGACUUUAACAGAACCGCCAAAGGCUUCAGCACCGCUUAGGGAACGACAAAAUCAAUUGUAAACGCUUGUGUGGACUGCAUUGUUACCGGAACUUGAGGCUUCUGGCGGUUUGGACAUUGGUUUGUCUUACAGAUGUCUCGCCGGAUGAAAGCCUUGGCAUUCGUGUCUUCUUCGGACGAGGUUAGCUUGUUAUCUGUUUGCACUUUGACUCUCGAUGGUGCUACCGGCUUCAUGUGCGUGUGACGACUUUGUUAGCCUGUCGCUGCUUUCCGAUGCGUGUCACUCGAUGUUGUCUCUGUGUGGACGGGAAUUAAAUGAAGCAGCUUUGCAAAGCCAA